UAUCUAUUCACAAACUUUACAGUUUUGCAAAUUUAAAAUCUAACGUUUGUUCAUAAAACUGUAAAAUGCCUCGUGGGGGAGGAAAAAAAUCACAUAAAGGAAAACACAGACAAUUCACUAGCCCAGAAGAAUUGGAAGCACAACGGAAAAAAGAUUUGGAAAAAAGAAAGCAAGAAUCUUCAUCUUCAGAAGAGGAGUCAGAUGAAGAGGAUUCCAGAAAUAUCAUAGAAGUCAAUAAUCCAAACAGAAUUCAACAGAAAAAUAAAAAAAUCUCAGAUCUAAGUGCGGUACCAGAGGCAGCGGCAGCCCCAUUAUCAAGACGACAACGGGAAGAAAUAGCAAAACAAGAAGCAGCCAGACGUUAUGAACAGUUGCAUCGUGAAGGUAAAACUGAAGAGGCAAGGGCAGAUCUUGCCCGUUUAGCCAUUGUUCGUAAACAGCGGGAAGAAGCGGCAAAGAAAAGAGAAGAAGAAAAGAAAGCGAAAGAAGAUGCGCAAGCAAGACUUAAAGCUCAAAGUUUGAAUGCAAUUAAACCAUCAGGAAAACGAGGAAAAUCGUGAAAUGCCGAUCUUGCUGAUGAGUUGGUCAUACAUAUCACUGGGUGGAUUUCGACAAUGUUAUCACUUGGAUAAAGAAGAAUAUCAGCGACAAUUAUUAGGCUUAAUCAAUACUUCAUGAGAAAUUGCCUAAUAACAUAAGAUUUUACUCAUUUAAAACUACUUGAACGUCAAUUUCAAAUUUCUUGAAAACAAAGUCAUAUGUCAAAAAUCGAAAAAAGUCAUAUGUCUCCUGAAACUGAACUAAAUAGUUGCCUGUUUUAUCUUUUUUUGAUAUUUAUGAAAGCCCUAGAUCAUAUUUACUGUUUUAAUUCUCUCAAGAUGUCCUCCCAAACAUUCAUAAAAAUUCUGGUUUCAUGCAUAUGCCAUAAUUAUGGUUUACCAAGCGCAAAAUUGGCUGUAAUCAUUUUUUGAAAUCAUCACAAUGGUUCUAUAAUUAUAAUUAACUUUAUAGUUGGUGACAGAUUUUAAUGAAUAUUGCUAUUGCAUUUAACUCUUGAGUAUUUGAUUCACGACGAACUAUGUUCGGUUUGUGACUUUCGUAUAAUAUGCCUAUUUUUAUCGCUCAGUAUGCAUACCACCAAUAUCAGAGUAUAUAUUCUUACAACGGUCUCAAGUUUUUCCAAUUUAGGCAUGUAGGCUACUUAUUUUUUGUUCGACUAAUUAUUUAGUAUUCCCACACAAUAUUGUAACAGGCUCAAUAGCUUUUUAAAUCAAGGAUGUUGGUUUCCAGCUUAGUUAUUCAAGUUGCCUGUUUAUAAAAUAUUGCGAGAUAGUGCAUGUAUUGCUUUUGAAGUAUUAGCCUACAUAAUUUCGCUGAAGCUGAAUUUAUGAUUUCCAUUGUACUUCUAUAUACGAGUCCCUGUAUUAGUGCAGUAAUAUCUUAUUCGGUUAAAUUUUUUCAUGGGCUCGUAAGAGAUAAUUUCAUAUCUGUAAGCAUGUAUAUUACAGACAUGAAGAAUGUUUCAUUGUUUAAAAAUUUAUGGAGUUGAUAUUCUUUCACUGCUUGUUUGAUCACAGUUGUCCAGUUCAUUUUAAAUCGGUAAUGCUAACAUAUUUACAUGUUCUUGUGUUCAAUAUUUGACAAUGGUUUUAAGUAUGUUCUUCUCUGCAACAUCUAGUUUGGUAAAGGUGAAUUAUAAUAAUGUUUGUGUUGAAG